GUGAAAUAUGUUCCCUCCAAUUAGAGACAAUGUCACUAUCUUCUUCCUCUGGAGGAAGGCUCUUUGGAAAAUCAAUGGCCACGCCAGUUAGAGCCCUAACCAACCCAUCUCACCCCUCUACAAAUCUCUCUCUGUUGACCUGCAUAACCUCCCUUCUGCAAACCCUAGAUCCACAAAACCCUAACCCCUCAAACGUCAGCUCAGCCUCCCUUAACCAAUUCUCACCUCACCUGAACCCAAGCCUAGUUAUCCAAGUCAUCAAAUCUCAGCCCAAUCCUUACCAUGCCCUCUUCUUCUUCAAAUGGUCCUCAAACCCUGAUCCUAAUCCCAACAACUAUUCUCACACCCACAACUGCUACUUGGCCAUCACUGAGCUUCUUCUCUCCCACUCCCUCUUCUCCACUGCCUCCUCACUCCUUCAAGAAUCCAAUAGACUCUAUGAUUUUAUGCUUGGUAGGUUCAUCACAACUCAUGGCCGCUGCGGCGAUAUCAGAGCCGCCAUAGAUUGGUUUUACAAGGCGAAGUCGAUUGAGAAUGGGCGGUGCUUGUUUUCUUAUAAUGCGAUUCUGGGUGUGCUGGUUAGGGCUAAUAGAAUGAAUUUAGCUAAGGCAAUUUAUGAUCAGAUUGUUAAGGAAGCUCUGGUAAAUCCGAAUGUAUGGACUUGUACAAUAAUGAUUAGAGGGUUUUGCAAAAGGGGUGAAAUUGAGAAUGCCAAGAAGGUGUUUGAUGAAAUGACUUGCGAGCCAAAUUUGAUUACUUACAACACUAUGAUUCAUGGGUUUUGUCUAAAGGGUGAUUUUGAUAGUGCGAGGAGAGUUUUUGGUCAGUUGAGGGAGAGUGAGCAUUGUUUGCCUGAUACGGUAACGUAUACAACUUUGAUUGAUGGGUAUUGUAAGAAAGGUGAGUUGGAGGAGGCAAUGGAGUGUAUGAAAGAAAUGGAGAAGCAGGGUUGUGAGCCUAAUCUGUUUACUUACAAUGCGUUGAUUCAUGGUUUCUGUUUGAGUGGUCAUGUUAGUGAGGCAAAGAGGAUGUUGACAAGGAUGAGGUUAAAUGGUGUGAAGGACAAUAUAGCUACACAUACGGCCAUAUUGAAAGGGAUUUGCAUUGUUGGAAAGGCUGACGAAGCAGUUAAGCAUCUUCAAGAUAUAGUGAAUCAUGGGAUGAAACCGGAUGUGGAAGCAUAUGGAGUCGUUUUUAAUGAGUACUGUAUGAUGAGAAAACCGGAUGGAGCGAUGUCCAUUUUGAGGGAAAUGAGGAUGAGAGGCCUAAAGCCAAGUGUUUCAAGCUUUAACAAACUGCUCAAGGUUCUUGUCGAAAACGGGGACCUUGAAAGAGCCAUUAUUCUUCUAAAGAAGAUGCACCAAAUGGGCUGCUCUCCAAAUUUCUUUUCAUAUAACACAGUGAUAUGUAGUCUUUGUAAUAUGAGAGGUAUAAUGAGGGAGGUUGAAGAGCUUGUUGGUGACAUGCUUCGGAACGGCCACAAGCUUGAUACCGUCCUCUACAGUUGUGUAAUUAUGGGUUAUUGUGAGGAUGGCAAUGUGAACAUGGCAAUACAGGCUUUCUGUGGAGCAUUGGAUAAUAAUCAUAUUAUUAGUUUGGAGAGCUUUUCAAUUUUGGUCGAGGAGCUGUGUGCAAAAGGGAUGGUCCUUGAGGCUGAGAGGAUAUUUGAGGAUAUGUGUAACAGAUGCACAGUGGUUGAUGUAGAUAGUUACAGAGGUGUGCUAGAAAAGAGGGUACUUGAUAUAAGCAGUGAUCCAAGUUCUAAUAGGCAAGUGAUUAAGAUGAAUAGAAUGGAGUCAUGAAGAAUUGAAAAUUCUUGAUGAUCAAGAACAUAGAUUUGCCAUGCUUCUAUAUGGCAUGCCUGAUCAUUUCCUUCAACAUGAUCACAAAGCUCGAGUAAGUUUCCUGGAAUCUUGAACAUAACCAAAUUUUCUGGGUUUCAGACUCCUUGUUGUGUUCUUCAGUCAGGGAAGAAGCUUUGCAUUUUGGCAUUCAUCUGGUGCAAUGCAAACUAUCAAUUGAAAUGGUUUGGCCACAUUCAGCUUUCUUACACGAUGAUCUUCUGUCUUCAUAUUAUUUUAUUUUGCUAUAAUGCA